AUUAAUAUGGCGGGUAUGUACUCCGGCGCUUCCUUGAUUCAUGGUUGAUCAGUUGCAGAUGGGGCAUUAAACUGGCAGCACAUGUUCUUUGUGUAUAUUGAAGAUAAACGGAUGUCAGACGAGGAUUAAGGACCACAUCAGAGAUGUAUAGAGUCCAGACUAACAGACUUUACUAGACAAAUUAACGAUGUAUUGUGUGUAGAUCCUUACUGUCUCCUACAAACCUCCACCAUGCCUUAUAUGGACAAGCGCGGGCGCUUGUGCGGGUUCCUCAAUGUGGAGGAAAAAGAAAACAGUGGACGUUUUAGCCGAAGAUACUUUAUACUUAAUACCAAAGAAGGGAAGUUUCAGUACUUCAUGGAUAAUCCAUUGAAUCUUCCCCACAACAAUAGAACACCAGUAGACGGUAUUCCUCUACAGUUUAUUUCUAAGGUUAGUGAUGCAAGAAAACAGCGCCCAAAAGUUGAUAGCUGUUUUGUGGUAAAUUUUGCGGGGAAGAUGAUGUUCCUACAGGCCGAUGACAGUAGUGACAUGAGGAAGUGGAUAGAGUCUCUCAACGACGCCAGCAGGAUCACGGUUCCAAUGUCCAUGGAGAGUCCUGAGGAAGGAGUCAAUGAAUGGCAUCAAGAUGGUGUGUCAGACCGGGGUUACAAAACAGAGAUAGCUGGCGGUGUUGUGUGUAAAAUCCCUAUACAGACCAGCGAUGAUGAAAUGUCAGAGUCCAGUGAAGGGGAAUUUGAUUCACACGGUGAGCCUGCGUACCGCCUACCAGCCAUCAAAACAGGCUUCGGAGUCAAACAAGGGGGAAUGAGAAAAAACUGGAAGAGAAGAUACUUUGUGUUAACAGAACAAAAUAUUUUAUACUUCAGUUCCAAGAAGGCUAAAGAACCCCUCGGUAUGAUACCCAGGAACGAUGUCCAGGAGGUGAAGAUAUCUACAAAACAUCCUAAUCGUGAUAACUUGUAUGAAAUAGUAACAACAAAAAGAACAUUUUAUAUACAGUGUGAUAAUCCAGAGGAGAUGUUCAGUUGGGUUGAUGUCAUACAGAAAACAUAUGCUCUUGAAGCAGUUAAACCUACCCAGUCAUCAGGAGACCAACAAAUGAAAGAUCCUGCCACGGAGGCGUUUGAUAUGGAGAAUUUUCCCGUCACCAAAGUCUACCCCCACGGGGAAUGGUGUGCCUCAGAUGAUGCAGCAAAAACUGACAAGGACACAACAAGACAGAAGAAAAAAAGUUGGCUGCUAUGGUAGACUGUUGCUAGGGUUACCAAAAUGGUUGCCACCUUAAUUGUGUCUGAAAUAUAUGAUACUAUACACUACAAAUUUAUAGUAAAAGAGAAAUUGUAAAAGUUAGAAAAAGUACCAGGAACAGAUCCAAAAUUUCAAUAGAAUACACUCAAUUAUAACAAUGGUCUAAGUUAUAUCGUUUCACUCAUCCAACAUUUUGUUUAUGUUUAUUGAACCCGCCACUUUUUCUAUAGAUUUUACAGAUAAUGUCCCAUUAUAAUAUCCUCUUGUAUCAGUCUCUGAGGUGAAACAAAGACCCAAACUUACUAAUACUAGAUAUUGCUGUGAAAAUGGGAACAGUUACAUCAGUAUUUCAUUGCAGGGUAGUUGUGAUUUCAUUAGAUAAACCUUACCAAAUACCAUAAAUCUCAUGAAACCGAAAGACUUCUCCCAUACUUAGUGCGAAUUUCACCAACGGAUAAUUUUUUUUUCAAUGGCAAUGGGUGCCACUGCAUCAGUUUUAUCCAAACUUAAACCAGGCAAUAAACAUUGUACUCAUAUUGCUGUUAAGGACUAUUACAGACCCGUGUACAAUUUGAUUCAGCUGAUUCAUCAUUUCUACGGAAUUGCCAAACAAUAUAGAUAAUUUAUGAGACAUGUAGCAACUGUGGUGUGUAUAGUCAAAAAUGAGGCCAGUAUUAUAUUUGAGAGUCCGUUGUCAAAAUUAGCUAAUCAGAAUUAUCAGAAUUCAGUGUCUAGGUACAAGGUAGUUUUAUGAACAAGGUGUUUUAAGUCAAGAAAAACCUGUAAACCAAUGCUGUAUCGUGGUGUACAUUGUCUGUCCUGCAUAAUCUUUAUUACUUAAUAACUUCUUAAGAUUCAUAAGGUCCAGAAUCAUUAUGUCUUGGCAUAUGAAAGCUCAAUGUAGGGAAAAUAUUGGCAUGUUUAUUUAAACAUUUAAUGGAAAAUGACCUACAUUUAAAACGACAAAGGUCAUACAUUUCAUGUUUUGGGCAAUCAAUUUUAAUGAACCUUGGAACAUAUCGACUGAUACGUUCAAAUUCAAAUAAAACAAACAUUAAACAAGGGUGUCUAGUUUUAAAAGUAAAUUGUUCGUAUUGUUACUGCUUCGCUACCAAUGUCCUUAGCAAGGCCUCCAUCAUUAGGUGUUUCCCUCGGCACAUCGUUCGGUUGUCUGAUGUCAAAAGUAGUGAGCAUUCACAUAAUUCCCAUUGUAGUGGGUGUACAGUCACGUCCUUCUCUCUUCUUCCCAAUCCAAUAGGGAUAUGAUUCUCUGUACUGAAAAGCAGCAUUUUGGUUUCAACCAGUUAUAUAAAGUGCACUAAACAGUGCAUCGCUUGGUUUGGAAAGCCCCUAUGCCCAACGUCUACAGGAAAACCCAUGUCUGCCACCCCUUGUAUCUGCAUUCUGCCAGUAGUUCUUCAUAUCCGCUCUCUUUCCUCAUGCGAAGCAGAACACUUCUCCUUCCGGGAUGAUUUACUUUGUUCAGGGGACCAGAAGACCUUGUCAGUGCCGAAGAUAUUUUGGUAUUCCUUUUAGAAAAGCAAGUAGCUUCUAGUCUCCAGCUUAGUCCUUACCUAUAAGUUCUUGUCAAAGAUGCAAACCCGUUCCUCAUCGACAGAUUAUUUCGAUUUUCCAUCUCCGAGUACCCCGUUGUGACUCCAAGAGUAUCUCUCCCGAGAGAGUGGCUUGGUUAUAGUAUGUGGUCUAAGGUUCCUCUUCUGUCACAAGCUGGCAGUUAGCAUUUUCGACACUGGUUCCUUUUUUUCAAAAUUUACAUUGACAGUAUCAUCUAGUGUCCAAGAAGAAACCUAUUCUUCUUGACGGUACUUUGGGAUCUCAAAAAGUGUUAAAUCUCUGUAAAACGUCCCACCUUACACAUGCCCCUUAAUACUGCCCUAGCCAGUCGUCUUUCCUCUUCCUUGUAUCAGAUUUCCUUCUGGACCUCUUUUCUUCUUUCUCUUGCACUUCCUAUCAAUCCGUCUUUACCUGUACACCUGUCAAACGUAAGGACUCCACUACCGCUGCUGUAAAAGCCGUGUGAAUUUAUGUUAAGGCGUUUGAAGUGGUCUGGAAUAUUCCACUUGCUGCCUUACAGACACAGAGGUGGAUCUGGUGUAUAUUCGACUAACGUAGAUCUUAGCAGAAUGUUCCACAGUGGCAACUGCUUUCAACCGUUGUUCCAGGGCUUGUUUUGGCUUAUCUUGUAUUUUAACAUUGGUUCAAAUCCUGAAUGACCCUUUCCUAAUAAACCAUGAUAUCCCAGUAAGUUGUAAAGAUUUAAGGUCACUAAAGUUCAAAUAUGCUAAAUUUAAUGAUACAGGACGGCACACAAGAUCCCUUUCCACGGACUAUAUAGGUAAAUACAGGCAGUAGCGUCUCGUGAUUGGCCUUAACAGUGUUUUAAUUGUUUUGGUACUACACGUAUUUUUAACCUGCACAAUACAAAAACAGAUUAGCGAUACUAAUUAUUUGGACUUCUUGUCUUCACCAAAUUUAUUCUUGUCAUUAUCAAGUUUACUCUUGUCUUUAUCAAGUUUAUAUUAUUGAUUUUCGAUAUCGCGGUCAUUACGGUUUGCCAGUGAUAGAAAGCCAUAGUCAAAUGUUUUGUCACAAAAAGGCAGAUAGUACAAGGUUGUGUGCCUUAUUGAACCGUUAUUAUGGCCCAGCUAGGUUCUAGACUGGUGAUUUAAUCUUUAUACAAAGUGGCACGUCAUCAUAGUUAGAUAUGUCAUUUCUUCAAACCCUGUUUUUUAAAGUGACGUAGAUUUUUUCAGCGUCUGUGUACAACAUUAAUAGGUAAUGCUACACUAGUGGUUGUCGGUCAAAAUACUCAAUUACGUGUGGACUGUAUUGGUACAGGGAUAUUGGUUUCUGGAUACACACUAUAUGAUUUAUACUCGCAUGUCAAUUAAGUCUUCCAGAACAUUUAAUUGCUUUUAUUUUAUUUGUUUUAAAGUAACAAUCAAGUCUGUCAAAACCAUUUAUGAUUACCAGUGUCUGAUAUUUUCCGUAUUAUUAAGAUUUUAAACAAUGGGUUUUAAAAGAUGCAUUGUAGAUGUAUGUAUGCAUAUAUGUUUUUCCUUACUAUGGCUACAAACCACUUGUUAGUAAUGAGGGGUGGGCUGGGGAGAUGCCUGGUCUGGAUACACUUUUGGUCGGUUCCUUGUCCGGAUACACUUUUGGUCGGUUCCUUGUCCGGAUACACUUUUGGCCGGUUCCUUGUCCGGAUACACUUUUGGCCGGUUCCUUGUCCGGAUACACUUUUGGCCGGUUCCCUGUCCGGAUACAAUUUUGGCCGGUUCCUUCCCAACUUAAUUCUUGUUCCUUCGCCUUUAUUUACCCCCACUCCUGUCGAGCUUGCUGCCGGUUCCUUCCCUUCAGUUAUCUCGGCUGAAAUCUAUCAAUUUUACAAAGGUUCCAUGACAUAUGUUAAAUUCUCUUUACUUUGUGAGAUAUAAUCUGAAAUCAAUUUCUGAGGGAAAGCAAUUUGGAAUUAAUAUUGCUUGGAAACCGUGCAUUUACACAAUAUACGUAAUUUUCAUAUUUUCAUAGCAGACAUCGCAAUCAUUUACAGACAGACACUCUCCUAUGACAGACCACGUCCUCUUACCCUGACAUGUGUCGAUGGAACUACAGAUACCAUGUCCUUAUGAUAGACCACGCCCCUGACCAAGCCUCCGUGACCGACCUCAUUCCUGUGACAAACUAAAAUAUCAUGUUACUGUGACAGUGGCUAAACCUGCCUUGCCCCUGUGACAAACCUCCCCCACGAUGAUAGUGACCACUUCCCAACCCAACCAUCACCUUGUCACCUCCCUGGUAAUGGAAGCCACAUUCCCAAUCUCUGAAAGAAUCCGCCCCAUAUCAGUCACCAGGCCUUCAUCAGACGCCAUAGAUAACAUAUACAAACCUCGUUUAAGAACUCGCCCCAAGACACCUAAGAUAACAGACACAUGCUUCGUUAGAGACCACGCCCCCGUGACAGUGACCACGCCUUCAUCAGACACAAUAGAUAACAGAGAGACAAGCCCAUUACAGAGACCACGCCCCCGUAACCGUGACUACGACCUAAAAAGACACCUUACAUAACAGAGACAAGCCCAUUAGAGAGACCACGCCCCCGUGACCACGACCUAAAAAGACACCUUAGAUAACAGACAAGCCCCGUUAGAGACCACGCCAACAUCAGAUACAAUAGAUAACAGAGACACAAGCCAAUUAGAGAGACCACGCCCCAUGUGUUUGGGACCAUGCCCCAGUGUCGAGGGUAUGUUGAAGUGAUUAAUUUAUUUCGCUGUAUACUUUUAGAUUUGUUUUGUAGAAUAUCUGUAUAAUAAUAUAUGCAUUGUGUACAUGUUAUUAAAAUAUGCUUUUUACAAAUAUUUAAUCAUUUUCCCCAAAAGAGCAUGCAUGAUCUCAUAACCUGCAAUUCCCUUUAGAAUUCCACAACGCUGUUUUGUUUUGUAAGAUAUGUUACUACACCAAUACGAACCAUAUACUUUAAUGAAUAUGUCUGAUAGGUACAGGUGUGUAAAAUGGCCUCCACGUGGACUGUUAUCAGCUCUUAAUGUAGAUGUGGUAGUACUUGAACCAUUGUACUAUUACUUCGUUGUUAUGCGAUAGUGUCCUUUCUAGGUAGAAAAGGCCACUAUUCCCUAACAAUAAGUAUAUUUCGAAUUUCGGAAGAGCUGUCAUACCAGGUAGUUUCCACUGACACUAUCCGUGCGUUCCUUUAUUGGGUUCGUACCAGUUGUACCGAUACUAAUCGGCUGUACUCGUAAUGGAACGCGGCGUACCAGUAGAGCCGAACCGGUUCGCUUUUUAUGUUUGGAGCGUAUACCUUGAAGAGAAGGCCGCCAUCUUGGAAACUCACCUAAGAUUCAAUUGCGUUUCAUUAUAUGUUACCGAACCUAUUCAGUACAACUGGUACAAACCAAAUAAAAGAACACGCGGUAUGUCACCUGGCUAAAUACCUCCAAAAGGUGUGAAGCCUGUGUUCGUGAUGGAGGUAUUUUAUGUUUAAUCAAUGAGACUAUGCUUCCGAUGAAAUCAUAUUUUCAUGUCAUCAUUGAGCCCUAAACAUGAGGUCUUCUACUUAGGUCUUUCGUCACCUAAACAACUGUACAGACCGUUAAACACCCGUCACUGCCGUUUCAUAUUGGUAAACAGAAAAAAAAAGCAUUCUCAGAAAAUCCAUGCUGCCAUGAAAUCAGGGAAUGGAACCCGACCGGGUUUUAAUCCGUCUUUUUUGCCAGAUGUAUGUUAAUCAAACCUGACAUGCAGGAUUGAUAAAAAAACAUGUACAAUAUGCAUGUACAAUGUAGUUAAAAUCAUGGUAUAUUCAAUGACUAUACGUUACAUUUAGUUUCAUUUUUAUAACUCCAAUUAAGAGACACCUUUUUCAACCUUUGGUUUUUCGGAGACUGCUGUAAUUGUUGCGAUCAAAUCAAAUCCUCUCCUGGACAGUUCGGUCCUGCAGUGCUAGUUACCUGGACUAGAUAAUGUCUUUAUGUCUAGAACUGUUGUAUGUAUUGUUUUUUUUAUUUAUUCUGUGUGAUAACACGUGUAGUAUAACAUGUUAUUUGUUGUUUCAAUGUCGUUUUAGAUAAAUUUCUGUGCUUGUAAACUUUCCAAAUUUCCCAUAAUUAUCCACAUUUAUUGCACUUCAUACCGUAUAAGGUAGGUGACGACCAUCACCAUAUUACUAGAUACAUGGAAUGCCUCGAUAUUUUUAUUGGAAGGUGUAAAUGAGACAAUAUUAAAAAUUAAAUAACCAUGUAAGAUUCAUAGAGGUGUUAAUAAUUGAAAUUUACAUUCUAUCAACUAGAUUUAAUGUGUCGCCUCAUUGUGAUAUGAUUUAGGGUUAACGACAUUCUAAUCUUCAAGGUUACCGAUUUACUUCCCUUUGUUCCAGUUUGACAGCUGACGAGGGCUGAGAAUUUGGUUAACCCUAACUUCUAAGCAUACACAAGGAUAUCUCAACCCGAAGGGAAAUCUAUCCCGUGUGUUGAGAUACCUCUGUUUACAUGACAUGAUAUUACUUAUCGCCUACACAUUCCUGGCGUUAAAUUCCUCAGUAAUAUAAAGGAGAACUAAAUGACACCAUCGGUGGCAAACAAUGAUGACGUUACUUCAUUGUCAUAUGGUUGCAUUGUAUGCAUGAAGUGAUGACAUAGCCAGUGGUGACGUUUUCAGAAUAAGGAUGCGUAAGAGCUGUCUUUUCAUCGGUAGGGAAAGACAGGUUUAUCUCUUCCCGGCAAAAAUAUUGAAUGUACCUGUGAUGUGUGGGAGAACGAUGUUUCGGUAAUAAGGAGAGAUAUUGUAUAUUUGAACUUAAUGAUUCCCGUUAAUUUAACCCCAGAGUUCAUGUAAAGUUAUGGUGUUAUUGUGUAAGCAGCUGUGAAGUGUUUUAUGUUUUUAGAAUAUGGCUUCACCAUGUGUAAGAUAUAUGUAUUUUAUGCAAAUUAUAUUUAUUUUCAGCAAUUUUGUCAUGCCUGUGUUAUAUUUUGAAUAAAUCUUUGAAAGAAGAUGUUAUCGAG